AUGGUUCCAAUUCUCGAAGAAAAGACCAACGGCGUCCCGGUCCUUGCGGACAUCUCGUUUGAACCUCAAGAGAAACACGACUUGGUGCUGAAAGUUUUCAGGGCAUUCAUCGCAGAUCAAUGUCAGCAGUACAAUGGUGGCCAUCCAGGGUCGGCAAUGGGAAUGGCCGCCAUCGGAAUUGCCCUUUACAAAUACGUCAUGAAGUACUCCCCGAGAAAUUGCAGCUACUUCAACCGAGAUCGCUUCGUCCUCUCGAAUGGGCAUGCGUGCCUCUGGCAGUACCUCUUCAUGCAUCUAGUCGGCGUCAAAAGCAUGACCCUCGACCAACUAAAGUCCUACCACUCUUCAAGGACCGACUCGAUCUGUCCCGGGCACCCUGAGAUUGAGAACGAGGGCGUUGAAGUGACGACCGGUCCUCUCGGGCAGGGCGUUGCCAACGCCGUCGGUCUAGCUAUGGCCACAAAGAACUUGGCAGCGACAUAUAACCGUCCGGGAUUCGAUGUUGUGGAUAAUAUGACAUGGUGCAUGAUCGGCGACGCUUGCCUCCAGGAGGGAGUCGGUCUCGAGGCCGUCUCUCUUGCGGGGCACUGGAAGCUUAACAACCUCUGCGUCAUCUAUGAUAAUAACUCUAUAACUUGUGACGGUACUGCGGACGUUGCGAAUACAGAAGACAUCAACGCGAAGAUGCAUGCCACUGGUUGGAACGUAUUGGAGGUUUCGCAAGGAGAUACUGAUGUUGUCGCAAUUGCCAACGCUUUAAUGGCAGCUCGCAAGAGCGACAAGCCCACCUUCAUCAACGUUCGCACAACCAUUGCUUAUGGCUCGGGUAAUGCCGGUAAUGCCAAAACACAUGGGGCUGCUCUUGGCGUCGAAGACGUAAGAAGGAUCAAGGAAUCGUUCGGUCUGAACCCAGACGAGCAAUUUCACAUUCCGAAAGGCGUAUAUGACUUCUUCCAGGAUAUCCUCGACCGUGGGGAAGCACUAGAGAAGAAGUGGCAAGACACGGUCCAGAGAUACUCGAAAGAACAUCCUAUACUUGCGACAGAGUUUGGUCUUCGUGUUGCGGGCCGGAUGCCGGAUGACUGGACGCAGUGUAUACUGCCUGAGGAUCAGCUGCCAACCGAACCCACUGCGUCGCGUAAGUCGGCUGGUCUUAUUACCAACCUCUUGGGUGAAAAGAUCAGCAGUUUCGUCGUUGGCACAGCUGAUCUCACCCCGUCCUGCCAUGUCGCCUUCAACAAAAAAGUUGAUUUCCAAUCUCCUGACCUUCGAACUUCAUGUGGUCUAAAUGGAGACUACAGUGGUCGCUACGUCCACUACGGUAUUCGUGAGCACGCAAUGUGCUCUAUUUCCAAUGGUCUUGCUGCCUUCCAUAAGGGCACUUUCCUACCCAUGACAAGUUCCUUCUUCAUGUUUUACCUCUAUGCCGCCCCGGCAGUUCGUAUGGCUGCUCUCCAAGGCUUACAGCAGAUCCAUAUCGCAACCCACGAUAGCAUCGGCACUGGCGAGGAUGGUCCUACGCAUCAGCCCGUAGAGCUCGCUGCGCUUUACCGUGCGAUGCCCAACACACUCUACAUCCGCCCUUGUGACUCGGAGGAAGUUGCUGGAGCCUUCAUUGCCGCUAUCCAAGCCACCGAGACGCCCACAAUCAUUUCUCUCUCUCGACAAAACCUCCCCCAGUACCCGAAGCGUUCGUCGCGUGAGGGGGUAGCUCGAGGAGCAUACGUGUUCUCGGAAGUGGAAGGAGAGCAGUUCGAUGUGACGCUAAUUGGGGUUGGCUCGGAGAUGGUCUAUGCCAUGGAAACUCGCGAUUUGCUACUUCAGAAGUACGGCAUCAAGGCUCGCGUGGUGUCUUUCCCGUGCCAACGCCUUUUUGAGCAGCAGCGGCGCAGUUACAAGCAGUCGGUGCUGAAGCCCGGCUCCGGAAAGCCUACCGUGGUUAUCGAGGCAUAUGCUGCCAAUGGAUGGGAGCGUUAUGCUGACGCCUCGGUUUCCAUGAGGCGCUUCGGCAAGAGUCUUCCUUCUAAGGCCGCUUACGAGUACUUUGGAUAUGAAGCGGAUAAGAUUGCCCUCAAGAUCAAGGACCUGGUCGAAGAAGUUAGAAAGGAUGGCAUCCAGGUACUGAGAGGAGACUUCAGAGAUCUUAACGGUUACUUAGGAUCUCCAGCAGUCGGCGACAUGAUCGACCACCUUACCCACGGCCGCUACCGGUCCCGAACCCACCGCGUCCGCCGUCCCGCGCCGGGCUCCGCGCCUCGCUUCUCGUUUCCCCCCUUCUUCGAAUUUGCCUGGGGCGCCGAGAUGAAGCGCCUGCCACUAGAUCACCUGGCCCCGCAGUCCGACAAGGAGAGGCAGCUGGCCAAGCAGCGCUGGGCGGCAACCACGUUCCCAGGGGUCGAAGGCAAAUUGUCGCAGUACCUCCUCUGA